GAACUAGCCCGUCGCGCGGCGCGCCGGCCGGCGAAUCGGCCGAGUAUUGUGAAUGAGUCGAGAGCGGGAGGAGGUGACGGGAAGGAACGAGUGCGGAGCGGCGCAGACCGAGUGUAGCCAUGAGGUGGUGGUGUGUGUGCCUGCUGCUGGCCGGCCUGGCCCGAGCCCGCGCCGCCAGCGUGUUUGACCUGAUGAGCAACAACCCUGAGCUGUCGGAGUUCCUGGACUUGGUGAAGGGGGACGAGCUGGUGUCCGCCUACAUCAGGAGAGCCGAGGGCACCGUGUUCGCUCCCACCAACGCCGCCCUGCAAAAGUACAAGGGCGAGCGGAGUGCCAACGUUCUCCUAUACCACAUCGUGAACCUGGCCAUGUCCAUGGAGCAGCUGACCUCGGAGCGGUCGGUGCCCACCCGACUGAAGGGCAGUCAGCCAGUGUUCGUCAGCGUCCCUCGUCCCGGCCACGUGUUCAUCAACAACGCGCGCAUCGUUAGCAGUGACGUCAGAGCCACUGCAGAGACACAGGAGAAUCAGGUGAUGCACAUCAUUGACGAGGUUCUUGAGCCGACCAUCCCAGCCGAGGCCAGUCAGUCGAUGCACUUCAACCCGAACGCUCUGGAGCUGCUGGCCAACUCCAACAAGUUCAGCCUCGGCAACGCCUCCAUCGGGAAAUUCUACCAGGCGGUCCAGUCAAAUGAGAAGCUCGGCGUAUUUAGUUCCGGAUCCUUCAACACUUACUUCAUCCCAGUCGACGAAAAGUUCGAUGCGGUCCAUGACCGUUUCACCGGUGAGGUGGUGGACGGUCACGUGAUCCCAAACCACGCCCUCUUCACGCGCACCAUGGGUGACGAGAGUUUCCGAACGUUGGCGUUCAACGACAUGUUGAAGGCGACCAUCAAGCUGCGCGCCGAGCGUCUCCCAGCAGCCAGCGACUCCGCCCCCGCCUCCGCCGAUGUAGCGAGCCCGGCGGCUCCAGAGAAUCUACAACAGCCAAAGCGUUUCUAUGAGGCCCAGAGCACCAUCCUCGUGGGGAACAUACUGCUGCAGGCCGGCUCGGUGCUCUCCAAGGUCGUGAAGCCCAACAUCGCCGUGAAAAACGGCGUGGUGCACUUGAUCGAGAAGCCGCUGAUGGUGGCCUCCGGUGACGUCCUCAGUCUGAUUCUGGAGGGCCAGCACGAUCGUUUUCACGAGUUCCACAAGCUUCUGCAGAGGCACGCCAGUGACUUCAUGGUCAAACUGAUGACCACCAGCUACUUCACCAUCUUCAUCCCCUCCAACGAGGCCUUCUACAACGUCAAUCAGCGCAGGCUGAAGGAGCUGAUCGCCACGCCAGAGGCCCUCCAGGAGCUGCUCAGUCUGCACGUAGUCAGCCAUAAAGUCACCACCGAGAGCGUCAGGAAGCUCGCGCAGAGCCAGCCUUACAGCGUGGCAUCGGACGCGCCUUCCCGCUCCCUGUACCUGUCUUUGACCGGUGACGGCGGCCUGGAGCGAACGCUGACCGUCGAGGGCGGCGGCACCAACGCCACCGUCAUCAUACCCGACAUCGACCGGUCCAACGGCGUCAUCCACAUCAUCGACCGCUUCCUGGGCAUUCCGUACCAGACGGUGGCUGAGCGACUGAGCACCGACCCCGUGGCCAGCCUGACGAGCUCACUGGCCCGUGAGAGUGGGUUCACCCAGCAGCUGAAGUCGGCGGAGAAGAUGACACUCCUGCUGCCGUCUGACAUUGCCUGGCAGCGACUGAAGGCACAGCUCAACACCUCCUACAACGCCGUCUUCGCCGACCAGAAGUCACCCGAAGUCCUCGCCGUGCUGAAGCGUCACAUGAUAGCGGACCAGGCGCUCACCAUUGAGGAGAUGGCCAACAUCACUGCGGCGAAUGGCAGUGUCACCACCACUGACGGCGAAACGGUCAAGGUGGAGCACAUGCCUGGAUCGCAAGAGUACCUGGUCAAGUGGAGAAGCCUGCAGGCGCGCGUGCUGCGCGCAGACGAGGAGUGCACCAACGGCUACAUCCACGUCAUCGACGCGGUGCUGAUCGGACCCAAGGACAUCAGCACCCCUCGGGCGUCAGCGGCGUCCUCAGCGGCCGGCUCGACGGCGGCCAGCGCGCUGCUGAUGGCUGCCAGCUGGUCGCUGCUGAGGCUCUGAGCUGGCGGUGUCGCUAGGGGAGGCUGCAGGUCUCGGCGGGCCUGUCUCGGCCCGGGACGGGGCGCCGCCGAGCGUCGAGGAGUGCAGUCAGUCAGUGCUCGCUCACAGUGGACCGAAGCUCAGCUGAGUGUCGGCUGACUGAACCGAGCACGCCUCAUGAUGAUGCUUCAGUGGGGCUGAAUAGUCAACUUCCUCGCUGAUAUUAUAUGGAAGAUCGCCGCGCCGGGUGACGAGUGUCUGUCUCAGAGCUGGAACUAUUCAGGGUGGCGCUACCGAUCAAUGUUAUAGAUGUCACCAGCAUCAGACGGACAAACAGCGAACGACCCCUCUCGCCGGCGGGUCGAGCUGUUCCGGACCAGAUGCAGAUUUCGGAGGCGAUUUCGGGGGCGGAAGAUCCUACAGUCCCCCCUCCCCCUCCCGAGUCACUGGUGGGUCGACAGUAUCUGGCGACCCGGUUCCAACCGGAGUGCCGCGUAACGUAUGGUUGAUGUGCGAUAUAUCCUACUGAAAGAACGGUGUAAACGUUUUAGGACGAAAACAUUUGUAUUGGAAAAUUAUUUCACCGUCUGCUAACCAGUAUCUCCAAAGAGGUGCAUGUGUUUGCGGUAUGUGUAGCGUGCGUGUUCAGGUUCUGCUUUUCCCGAGCUGAGCCUAGUGUGCUAUAUGAUGUAUGGAAUCUGAAAUUGCAGGAUGGUGGUUGUGUGUUUCCGGGGCGGGUCAUCAUUCCACCGAUAUGGAGUGAUCGGCAACAGUGAGUGACUCUUCACUCAGUUGUGCAGAGACAUGACUGAUGCGAAAUGAAGCUGUACAAAACCUUCAUUAGGUGCAUACUUAGAUCGGCUUCCAGCCAUUUUUGUACCGUCCUGGAAAUCACUCCCAAAAUCUUAUUCCGUGAACGGUCACAUUUAUGCUUCGGACGCUUCUCAGCAAGGCUUCGCAAUGUAAUCAGCUUCUGUGGUGCAUGUGGAUCGUGUCAGGUGACUUGCUCGAUUUUUACGUGUCGGAUGGUCGCGCUAGACUGACUGUUUCAAGUGUGCUUGGUGGCUGCCUGCGACUUCAUUAUCCGAUGUCGCUCAUUGUGAGCCGUUUUUCCCCACCCGCCGGUAAAUGUUACGAAUAUUUAGGUAUGUGUACGAUUAAGUAAUUUUGCGUUGUUUGUAUAUUAUUGCUUAGGUCGUUUAGUGAAAACAGGCGGUUGCCUCGCUCCUGGCACUCAGUCUUCUUUAUUCGAUACGAUGCCUUCACUGACCGUUUCAUUGGACGAUUUGAUGAUGUGUCCGGCGCCUCCCAUGCUCACAAACCUUACGACAUUAGUUUUCUUGGCUACUCCUAGCCCUUUUUACCUUACAUGAGAUCUGUUUAGCUUCCUUAUGAUGCCUGGGAAGUGGAGACUACCAUUCAAACGGGACUAUCAAAUGUGCGACCUACGAUAGCAAUGAUGCGCCUUUUGGCCGCCUCGGGACAUCUUUCUGGACAAUAUCUCCGCACGCAGACUGCAGUCGUCUUUCCUCCUACUGUCGCUUCGAAUGCAGCCGAAACGGAUUGCGCUUGAGCGUGUUCAUGUGCGUGCUCACCAUGCCAUGCCUGUUGGCUAUCAAUGCUUCAGCAUUACAGAUUACUUCGAGUCCCACAGAUAGCCUUCCUGAAAAUUAGAAAAUUAUUCUCUCAUGCUUGAUAACUGCUGGCCGUAUGAACGCGUAGAGACUCGACGGUCUCGCGACAGCCGCCGACAGCUGCUACCUUCUGCGCUAUUGUGCUCGUGAAUGCCUGAACCCGACCACUGCGAGCAAAGUGAGGGGUCUGUGUAAUCCAACAGUCGCCUGCCAGUCACAAUAAACGCGAUCACAACACG